UUUGAUUAUUCAGGUCUGCCUCAUGGCCACGGAACCCGGAAGUAGCGUUCAGAUCCAAAAGUAUUGCCGAUUGUCCGAGUGCCAGCGGCCUUUUGAUCACCUGUCUGUCUGCAGUUCACAUUCAGCAACAAUGCGAGUGCUACAAGUUUCAAGCUCUCCACACAUCCAGGCGGUCUUGACCAGUUCAUCGUCAGGUCUAGAGGGCUUCAAAGCUCAUGCCGUCUUCCAGGAGAUCAGUAAAAAGCUGCUUGAGGAUGGAGAGCAAUUUGUGAAAAAGAUCGGAGGUGUUUUUGCCUUCAAGGUGAAGGAUGGGCCGGGAGGAAAGGAAGCCGUCUGGAUCGUUGAUGUUAAGAACGGAAAAGGCUCCGUUCACAAUGAUGCCGAAAAGAAAGCAGACUGCACCAUUGCCAUGGCCGACUCUGACCUGCUGGACCUCAUGACUGGAAAGAUGAAUCCACAGACCGCAUUCUUUCAGGGCAAACUGAAGAUCACCGGAAACAUGGGCAUGGCGAUGAAGCUACAGAACCUGCAGCUGCAGCCGGGCAAAGCCAAGCUGUGAGAGGCGGAGCCUCGGAGAGGGUGGGGUCUCGAGUAGCCCCUCCCACUAAGUGUUCACUCUGUUAGAGUAGUUGCAGGAGUCAGACAACGAAUGAGUCUCUGCGCUGUAGUUUCAGCGUCUUUCUAACAAGGUAAAGGGAUAGUUCACCCAAAAAUAAACGCUUGGUCAUCGUUUACUCAGUUUUCCAAUACAUUUCUGUAAAGUUAACCAUAUGACUAUUCUCAGUCUUUUUUCGAGGAGUAAAUCGAAGUAUAAGCUGUUACAAGUGUCAUUUGGGUUUGAAAUAACAUGAAGGUGAGUGAAUGAUGCUAGAAAUCUCAUUUUUGGGUGAAUUAUUUAUUUUAAUUAAUCACAGGAGUCUGAUAGACAGUUACGAAAAUGCUAUAUUAAUCUCUCCUUGAAUUUUUUUUUUUUUUUUUUUUUUUCUCCCCCCCCCCUCUGACUGACACCCAUAACUGUUUAAAUUGUAUGUGUGUGUGGAUCAGUUGCUUUCUUUGAAGGGUUUUAUUCAAAGUGAAGCCCAGUAAAGUGCCUGCAAACUAUAAACGUAAACACUGGGUUUUGGAUGGACGUGUUGUUAAAGCAUACAACCACAUUGUGAGUCCUUCCCUUUUGUCUUUAUAGAUAUUCAAGGUCAAUGGAAGCAGGUUUACAACGCUGCUUUAAUAAAACAAACACCAAUUA